AAUGUGUCUUACAAUAUGUUUUGUGUUGUGAACUUCAGUUAAGUUUUUAAUUUUUUAAAGUGUGAACGUAAAUAAGGAUAUAACGAAAUUAUAAACGGUGCGAGCUAUGGCUGCAUCACACAUCUUGAGCGCAGUGGAGCCGAGCGUGGGCGGAAGCGCGCGCGGUGGCCGCGAGCGCGAAGUCGGCGUAGCGCUUGACGACCGCGACCUUUGGGUGCGCUUUCAAACCCUCACCAAUGAGAUGAUCGUCACCAAAAACGGAAGACGUAUGUUCCCUGUGGUCAAAGUGACGGCUAGUGGUCUGGAUCCGACUGCGAUGUACACGGUGCUACUAGAGUUUGUGCAAGUUGACUCACAUCGAUGGAAAUACGUCAACGGGGAAUGGGUACCCGGUGGAAAAGCAGAAGUCCCGCCCUCCAACGCCAUCUAUAUUCAUCCGGAGAGCCCAAACUUUGGAGCACAUUGGAUGAAGGAGCCAAUUUCAUUUGCUAAAGUCAAACUUACGAAUAAAACUAACGGGAAUGGACAGAUAAUGCUGAACUCACUACAUAAGUAUGAACCGCGGGUGCACCUGGUUAAAGUGGGUACGGACCUGCGCCGCAUCAUGACGUACCCGUUCCCAGAGACACAGUUUAUAGCAGUGACAGCCUACCAGAACGAAGAAGUCACUUCCCUCAAGAUAAAAUACAACCCUUUCGCAAAAGCAUUCCUAGACGCCAAAGAACGACCGGAGGGAUACUAUCAAAGAGACUUUGUUGGAACUCAUUACCCACAGCAAAGUAACUCUCCGCACCAGUAUCCACAAUUCGGAGGAUGGUUCGUUACUUCUCAAUCGUUGUAUGGCAGCAGCAACACCGUGUCGAGAAGACCGGCCCCGUACCCACCGCGGCCACCUUCAAGGCCUAGGACUCUAUCACCGCCGUCUACGUACAGCAACGUGGAACGUUCAUCUGCGGGUGCGUCUAACGGCAGCAGCAGCUACACGUGGGCGGGCAGUGGGUACUGGAGCGCGGCGCAGAGCAGCCCCCCGCAGCCCGCCUCGCCUACGCCUUACCGUACGCCGCCGCACGCCUACCCCGCGCCUCUCGAGUACUCGCCCGCCCCUGCGGCCUCGGCUACGCCGGCCGCGGCGCCUGCUCCGCUCUACCCCCUCCAGUACGAUGCCCCCGCGCAGCACCACUCGCCGUACUAUCAACACGCAUACGCCCCGUACGCUCAUCACGCUAUAGAAGACAUUUCUUAUUGGCCAAACAGCUUGAACACGUACGGCUAUCAACCUUCGGAAUACGUUGGCACUGGGGAAGUGGCUUAUGGUACUGACGGUAUGUCCUUUGGUCCCAGCGGUCCUACACUAGAAGCGACUACUGGGGAAGGUCGCAACACACCAUCUGGCUCUGAACAUCAAUCCGGAGAAAGGGAGUACAAAUUCAGUACGGAAGAAGAACGUCAUUCUCCGUGUGAGGAAUCGGCCUUACCACCACGAUCACCAACGCAGUGACAACUAAAGUUUUAUGUGUGUUUAGGAAUACCUUAUGUUAAUAGACCGAUUAAAACACCAAUUUUUAUGGAUGCUAAUUUUAAUUUAAUUACGUUACUUAGUUAAUUUUUGCAAAUAUAAAGGUAGGCAGUAAUAUUUUUAUUUUAUUUUAAUAGGAAUUACUAGUUGACCAGUUGAUAUAGUAACAAAGGCGUCGCCAGCCGAUGACCUAGGCUAGAUCUAGGUGGGGGCUAGUAUUUAAAAUUCUAUUUUCUAUUCACGAAAAUUGACAAGUUUUUUCGCUUUAUCUACGAGUAUGUAGAUAUUUGGGGGCUUGUAAGCACCUUAUGGCAUUUGCAAGUAGUUUAUGUAUCUUUUUUACAUUUUUUCGAUUCUGUAAGGGGUUGCUGCCACUCACUGCCUCCCCUUGGCGACGCCUAUGUAUGGUAAUUGUAUUGAUAAUACUCGUAUAUGUAUAUAUGAUUUCAUUUGAAAAACUAGGAAUUACAUGUUAUUUAAGAUUCCCGAAGUACGGAUGUUGUUGCCGAAACAUCGUGCUGAUUUUGUUUUUUUAACUUCAUAUUAAAAUCGUAAAUCGCCGUAGCAAUUUAAAAAGCCUAAACUAUCGUUUGAAAGGUAAUCGACAAAUUUGUGUAACACUUCUCAUAAAAUGUACAGAAAAAAAUUCGGAUUUAAAAUUCCGCCAUUACGCAACAACAUCGAAUGGCUAGCCAGCAUAGGUUACCAUAGAAUUAAUUAGUAGAUGUUAUAAAAAUGGUGCUAUAAUAUUGGCACGUCCAAGAGUCCUUUACCUCAACUACUACUCAACUAAUUAGGAUUAAUAAUGAAAAACAUUAAUAGGUUAUUAUGUUGUACGUAUACUUCUGCUAGAUUUUCAAAUUUAGCCUUAAAGUUGACCACAGUUCGACUAUUAUAAUAAUAGUAUAAUUAAAAAUGCAAAUAGAAGAAUAUGUUAAGAUCCUGCUUUU